CGGCACCUGUUCGGGCCAUUUUUUCUAUUCCCUCUCUUCGGAUUUACCAAAUCGCGGCUUUAUUUUGUUCCCAAUGACCGUCUGGCAAGAUUUUUAGGUUAAAUCCAGCUUAUAUUCUGCUCUAAAUCCGUUACCAGACAGGCUUCUUAUUGAUUCCUUCCUCUAUCACCUAAUCCCAACCGAAAUCGACUAGAUCUGCGUUCCAAUCCCUCAGAUCUACGAAAACAAUUCCUUAUAUACCUCCAUUGUUUUGUUUCCUUUUCCAGUUCCACACGCAGCAGAAUGGAGAGGUCAUCCACUCUCCUCGUCCACUUCGACAAGGGAACCCCGGCACUGGCAAACGAGAUCAAGUUGGCACUCGAGGGAAACGAUGUCGCCGCCAAGAUCGACGCCAUGAAAAAGGCUGUCAUGCUUCUUCUCAACGGCGAGGCCCUUCCGCAGCUUUUCAUCACAAUCGUCCGCUACGUACUUCCUUCUGAGGACCACACGAUCCAGAAACUUCUCCUCCUUUAUCUCGAGAUAAUCGACAAGACCGAUUCCACCGGCCGCGUCCUACCGGAGAUGAUCCUCAUCUGUAAGAACCUCCGGAACAACUUGCAACAUCCAAACGAGUACAUCCGAGGCGUCACGCUUCGUUUCCUCUGCCGCCUUUCUGAGGCUGAGAUCAUUGAGCCCCUCAUUCCUUCCAUUCUCUCCAAUAUCGAGCACCGUCACCCUUUCAUCAGACGCAAUGCGAUUCUUGCUGUCAUGUCCAUCUAUAAGCUCCCCCAAGGCGAGCACCUGCUUGCAGAUGCUCCAGAGGUCAUUGAGCGCAUCCUCAAUAGCGAGCAGGAUCCCUCUGCCCGCCGUAAUGCCUUCCUCAUGCUUUUCACCUGCGCCCAGGAUCGAGCUGUCAACUACCUUCUCUCCCAUGUUGACCAGGUUCAAGACUGGCCCGAACAGCUGCAGAUGGUUGUGCUCGAUCUCAUUCGGAAGGUCUGCAGAUCCAAUCGUGCGGAGAAGGGCAGGUACAUCAAGAUCAUCAUUUCCCUCCUAAACGCACCAUCUAUUGCAGUUAUCUACGAGUGUGCUGGCACUUUGGUCUCCCUUUCCUCUGCUCCAACGGCAAUAAGAGCAGCAGCCAAUACCUACUGCCAGCUACUGUCACAGAGCGAUAACAAUGUCAAGCUCAUAGUUCUGGAACGGCUCAAUGAGCUAAAGUCUUCUCACAGUGAUAUCAUGGUGGAAAUGAUCAUGGAUGUCCUCAGGGCUCUCUCAAGCCCUAAUGUUGAUAUUCGUCGGAAAACACUAGACAUUGCGCUGGAUCUGAUAACCCCUAGAAAUGUUGAUGAGGUGGUGCUGACACUCAAGAAGGAGGUUGUGAAGACUCAAAGUGGUGAGCUCGAGAAAAAUGGUGAGUAUAGACAGAUGCUAGUUCAGGCAAUUCAUACAUGUGCUAUGAAGUUCCCUGAAGUUGCGAGUACCGUUGUUCAUCUCCUAAUGGAUUUCCUUGGGGACAGUAACAUCGCCUCUGCUGUUGAUGUAGUGCUCUUUGUCCGUGAGAUUAUUGAGACAAAUCCAAAAUUGAGGGUCUCAAUAAUCACAAGGCUGCUGGAUACAUUUUACCAGAUCCGAGCUGCAAGGGUCUGUUCCUGUGCCCUUUGGAUUAUAGGGGAAUACUGUCUCUCACUUUCGGAAGUUGAGAAUGGAAUUUCUACCAUCAAACAGUGCCUUGGUGAGCUCCCGUUCUACACAGCUGCUGAAGAGGGUGAUACUGUAGAUGCCACUAAGCGACCUCAGCAGAUAAAUUCUUACAUUACUGUUUCUUCCAGGAGACCCGCUGUCCUUGCUGAUGGAACUUAUGCUACACAAAGCGCUGCCUCAGAAACGGCAUUGUCUGCUCCUGUUCUUGCACCUGGUUCCUUGGUCACAAUUGGAAAUUUGAGGUCUUUGAUUCUUUCGGGGGACUUCUUUUUAGGAGCUGUAAUUUCUUGCACUUUGACUAAGCUGGUUUUAAGGUUGGAAGAGGUCCAGCCAUCCAAGACUGAAUUAAAUAAAGCAUGUACUGGGGCAUUAUUGAUCAUGGUUUCCAUGCUGCAGCUUGGACGUUCAUCUUAUCUCCCCCAUCCAAUCGAUAAUGAUUCUUUUGAAAGAAUAGUGCUCUGCGUUAGGCUUCUCUGUAACACUGGCGAUGAAGUAAGAAAGAUAUGGUUACAUUCAUGCCGCCAGAGCUUUGCAAAGAUGCUUGCUGACAAGCAAUUUAAUGAGACUGAGGAGAUUAAAGCAAAGGCUCAGAUAUCUCAUGCACAACCAGAUGAUCUUAUUGAUUUCUACCAUUUGAAGAGCAGAAAGGGAAUGAGUCAGCUCGAGUUAGAGGAUGAAGUUCAAGAUGACUUAAAACGUGCCACCGGAGAAUUCACCAUGGAUGGUGAUGAUGCCAACAAACUUAAUCGCAUUCUUCAAUUAACAGGAUUUAGCGAUCCAGUUUACGCCGAAGCUUUUGUGACCGUUCAUCAUUACGACAUCGUUCUUGACGUAACAGUAAUCAACCGCACGAAAGAUACACUUCAGAACCUAUGCUUGGAGUUAGCGACAAUGGGUGACCUCAAACUCGUUGAGCGCCCACAAAACUAUACAUUGGCACCCGAGUCGAGUAAACAAAUUCGUGCCAACAUUAAGGUUUCGUCCACGGAAACUGGAGUUAUAUUUGGCAACAUUGUUUAUGAGACUUCAAAUGUGCUUGAGAGAACUGUUGUUGUUCUCAAUGACAUACAUAUUGACAUCAUGGAUUACAUAUCUCCAGCUACAUGUGCUGAUGUUGCCUUCAGAAAUAUGUGGGCAGAGUUUGAGUGGGAAAAUAAGGUAGCAGUGAACACUGUUCUUCAAAACGAGAAAGACUUCCUCAACCACAUCAUUAAAUCUACCAAUAUGAAAUGCCUCACAGCUCCUUCUGCCCUGGAGGGGGAGUGCGGUUUCCUUGCGGCCAAUUUAUACGCAAAGAGCGUAUUUGGGGAAGACGCAUUGGUGAAUAUAAGCAUUGAGAAGCAGUCUGAUGGUAAGCUGAGCGGUUAUAUCAGAAUCAGAAGUAAAACUCAGGGGAUUGCUCUCAGUCUUGGUGACAAGAUAACUCUCAAGCAGAAGGGAGGCGGUUAGUUCUCUCUGUUAGUCCUUUUUUUUUGGGUUUUACAUUAAUAUGCAAUAAAUUUUCCCCUCUUAUUUUUUAAAAUGUCUACUUUGCUUUAAAUCCCUGAUUAUUUUCUCUUUGUUUAUGAUAGUUUUUUCUUAAAAUCUCUUAAGACUGUAAUUUGAAUUUGAGGUCUAUUUUGGUGGGUGAUUAA